UGGGAUGCAUCGUCAUGGCAACAGACCAGACGUCACAAUCUGGGCAUGUGUGUUCCAUUUUUGUCUUUCUUAUUUUUCAGACUGGAAGACCUGGAUAGAGAUCAGUGGAAAAAUAAUUAUAAAUGUUUUUUUAUUUUUUACUCGUGGAGAGAAAGCUCCAGAUUCACUGCAAAAAAAAUUAAAAAAAAUGUUUGUUUUUUAAACUGAGCGACGAAUACAUUUCUUUUUUUUUGGGUGAAGAAAGAGACUGGGCUGCGGCGUCUGGAGGGUUAACUUUCAGUAUUCUCAGUCUAAAAGGGGUUUGGGGGCUAUGAGAUAAAGAUGCCGGGGUCGCUGAGUAAUGAAGACGAGGGACAAGACGACAUGGAUUUUGAAGACGAUAUGCCAGAGGAGGAUGACGAAGGUGAGCGCAACGCUGUUCCCCUCACACCCCUCGGCGGCUUCUUCUCUGACAACGACUCCCUCAAACAACAAAAGAAGAAGAAGCCCAAAAAGAUGAUAGAAGGGAAAAUGCCCAAAGUUAAGAAGAGGAAAAAGGAGGCAGGAAUCCAGCCAAGAGUUGACUGCGACCCGGAGGAGACCUCCGAGGUGGAGGAGGAACGGGAACGUCCAGAAAUAGGCUCCGAGAGCGAGAGCAGCGCGUACGGGCCGACCAAAAAGAAGAAGAAGAAACCGAAGGAAAAGAAAGAGAAGAAGCCCAGGAAGACGAAGAGAGAUGAGGAAGAUGAGGAUGAGGAUGAUGAUGAUGGGAACAUGAAAGAACCCAAAUCAUCCGGCCAGUUGAUGCAAGAGUGGGGUCUGGAAGACGUUCAGUACGGCUUCACCGAGGAAGACUAUAAAACCAUCACUAACUACAAGGCUUUCAGCCAGUUCCUCAGGCCUCUCAUUGCCAAGAAGAACCCCAAGAUUCCCAUGUCAAAGAUGAUGACAGUGUUAGGGGCCAAGUGGCGAGAGUUCAGCGCCAACAACCCGUUCAAAGGCGCAUCUGCCACCGCUGUGGCUGCCGCCGUGGCCGCCGCCGUGGAGAUGGUUACAGUGGCACAGCCGACGUGUGUCAGCAGCAGCCCGCCGAGCACUCAGCCGGGGCCAAUCAGAAAAGCCAAAACCAAAGAGGGAAAGGGACCAGGAGUGAGGAAGAGAAGCAAGUCUGUGAAGGAGCUGAAGAAGAAAUCCAAGCCGAAAAAGACCAAAUCAAAGUCGGGCCAAAGUGUGAGGAAGAAGAAAGCAUCCUCGAGUGAGGAGGAGUUCCUGGAGGAGUCCGACUUUGAUGACAUCAGCAUCCACAGUGCCUCCGUGCUUUCUGACACCUCGGGGGCCGCCACCAAGAAAAAGGCCCGCCGUGGGCGGAAAAAAAGGAAAAAGGAAGAUGGGGAUGGUUAUGAGACAGACCACCAGGACUACUGUGAGGUUUGCCAGCAGGGUGGAGAGAUCAUCCUGUGUGACACCUGCCCCAGAGCGUACCAUCUGGUCUGUCUGGACCCUGAGCUGGAGAAGGCUCCAGAGGGCAAAUGGAGCUGUCCACACUGUGAGAAAGAGGGUAUCCAGUGGGAGGCCAAAGAUGAGGAGGAGGAAGAGGAGGAGCCAGUAGGCGAGGAAGAUGAUGACCACUUGGAGUUUUGCAGAGUGUGUAAAGAUGGAGGAGAGUUGCUGUGUUGUGACACCUGCCCAUCGUCCUACCACAUCCACUGCCUCAACCCGCCUCUCCCCGAGAUACCCAACGGGGAGUGGCUGUGUCCACGCUGCAUGUGCCCUCCCCUCAAAGGUAAGGUCCAAAAGAUUCUGCACUGGACUUGGGGAGAACCCCCGCUGCCAGCUGAACCGCCUGCGGAGCCUGACGGCACGCCAGCUGAUCCACUGACCAAUCCUCCGCUCAAGGGCCGCCCCGAGAGGGAGUUCUUCGUAAAGUGGGCUUGCCUUUCGCACUGGCACUGCUCCUGGGUCAGCGAGCUGCAGUUGGAGCUGUAUCACACGGUCAUGUAUCGGAACUACCAGCGUAAGAACGACAUGGACGAACCUCCGCCGUUCGACUACGGCUCCGGAGAGGAGGAGGUCAACAACGAGAAGAGGAAGAGCAAAGACCCCCAGUACGCUGCGAUGGAUGAGCGCUUCUACCGCUACGGCAUUAAACCAGAGUGGAUGGUUAUCCACCGGAUAGUGAACCACAGUUACGAUAACGACGCCGAUGUGCAUUACCUGGUCAACUGGAGAGACCUGGCGUACGACCAGUGCACCUGGGAGGUGGACGACUUUGACGUCCCAGAAUAUGACAUUCACAAAGCUUCUUACUGGGACCACAGGGAGCAAAUAAUAGGGGAGGACCAGCGCCCCCUGGUGGUGAGGAAAGGAAAGAAACUCAAAGAGGACCAUCCAAAGAGGGAGGUUCCUCCUGAUGCUCCCAUCAUAGAUCCGACCAUCAAGUUUGAGCACCAGCCGUGGUACAUUAACGCCACGGGGGGAACCCUGCACCCGUACCAGCUGGAGGGCCUGAACUGGCUGAGGUUCUCUUGGGCUCAGGGCACAGACACCAUCCUGGCUGAUGAGAUGGGCCUGGGCAAGACGGUGCAGACGAUCGUGUUCCUGUACUCACUCUACAAGGAGGGUCACUCUAAGGGGCCCUUCUUGGUGAGCGCGCCCCUCUCCACGAUCAUCAAUUGGGAGAGGGAAUUUGAGAUGUGGGCUCCAGACUUCUACGUGUUGACUUACACGGGAGACAAAGACAGCCGGGCAAUCAUCAGGGAGAACGAGUUCACCUUUGAAGACAGCGCAGUGAAAACAGGACGCAAGGUGUUCCGCAUGAAGAAAGACACCCCUAUCAAGUUCCACGUGCUGCUGACGUCCUAUGAGCUGAUCACUAUAGAUCAAGCCAUCCUGGGCUCCAUCACAUGGGCCUGCCUGGUGGUGGACGAGGCCCACAGACUGAAGAACAACCAAUCAAAGUUCUUCAGAAUUCUCAACGGGUAUAAGAUCUACUACAAGCUGCUGCUCACGGGGACUCCUCUUCAGAACAACUUGGAAGAGCUGUUCCACCUGCUUAACUUCCUCACUCCAGAGCGCUUCAAUAACCUUGAAGGCUUCCUGGAGGAGUUUGCUGAUAUCUCUAAGGAGGACCAGAUCAAGAAGCUCCACGACCUGCUCGGCCCUCAUAUGCUCAGGAGGCUGAAAGCUGAUGUCUUCAAGAACAUGCCUGCAAAGACCGAGCUGAUCGUCCGAGUGGAGCUCAGCCCCAUGCAGAAGAAAUAUUACAAGUUUAUUUUGACGCGAAAUUUUGAGGCUCUGAACUCGAAAAGCGGAGGGAACCAAGUGUCCCUGCUCAACAUAAUGAUGGACCUGAAGAAGUGCUGCAACCACCCCUACCUGUUCCCUGUGGCUGCUGUGGAGGCUCCUGUGUUGCCCAACGGCUCGUAUGAUGGCAGCCAACUGGUGAAGUCCUCGGGGAAACUGACGCUGCUUCAGAAGAUGCUGAGGAAACUCAAAGAUGAAGGACACAGAGUUCUCAUUUUCUCUCAGAUGACGAAGAUGUUGGAUCUGCUUGAGGACUUGAUGGAGUUUGAGGGUUAUAAAUAUGAACGUAUUGAUGGAGGAAUCACUGGAGGCCUCAGGCAGGAGGCCAUUGACCGCUACAAUGCACCGGGCGCUCAGCAGUUCUGCUUCUUGCUUUCGACGCGAGCUGGAGGUCUUGGCAUCAACCUUGCGAGCGCAGACACUGUUAUCAUCUACGACUCUGACUGGAAUCCUCACAAUGACAUCCAAGCUUUUAGCAGAGCCCAUCGUAUCGGCCAAAAUAGGAAGGUCAUGAUCUAUCGCUUUGUGACGCGAGGCUCAGUGGAGGAACGAAUCACUCAGGUGGCGAAGAGGAAGAUGAUGCUGACUCAUCUGGUGGUGCGGCCCGGCCUCGGCUCCAAAACCGGCUCCAUGUCUAAACAAGAACUGGACGACAUUCUCAAGUUUGGCACGGAGGAGCUUUUCAAAGAUGAAAUUGAAGCAGCGCGGGCCAUGGGUACAAUUGGAGGUUCGGUUAUUUCUUGUGUUUCUGAUUUUCGUCACUUUCAAAUGCAGAUCAUGUCUAAGAGCCUCUCAUCAACAGGUGAGAUCAAAGAGGGCGAGGAAGGCAAUGUGAUUCACUAUGACGACGACGCCAUCUCUAAGCUGUUGGACCGCAGCCGCGAUGCCACUGAAGACACGGAGAUUCAGAACAUGAACGAGUACCUGAGCUCCUUCAAGGUGGCUCAGUAUGUGGUGAAAGAAGAGGACGAAGAGGAGGAGGUGGAGCGGGAGAUCAUCAAGCAGGAGGAGAACGUGGAUCCAGACUACUGGGAGAAACUCCUUCGUCACCACUACGAGCAGCAGCAGGAGGAUCUGGCCCGCAACCUCGGCAAAGGCAAACGCAUACGAAAGCAGGUCAACUACAACGAUACGACCCAGGAGGACCAAGACAAUCAGUCGGAGUACUCUGUGGGGUCCGAGGACGAGGACGAAGAUUUCGAGGAGAGGCCUGAAGGUGGACGCAGACAGUCUCGUCGGCAGAUGAAGAAUGAGAAAGACAAACCUCUGCCACCCUUACUGGCACGAGUUGGAGGCAGUAUUGAGGUCCUGGGGUUCAACGCCCGCCAGAGGAAAGCCUUCCUGAACGCCAUCAUGCGCUGGGGCAUGCCUCCUCAGGACGCUUUCAACUCCCAUUGGCUGGUUCGAGACCUGCGAGGGAAGAGUGAGCGUGAGUUCAGGGCCUAUGUGUCUCUGUUCAUGAGACAUCUAUGUGAGCCGGGAGCAGACGGAGCAGAGACCUUUGCUGACGGAGUCCCACGCGAGGGACUGUCUCGUCAACAUGUUCUCACCAGGAUCGGCGUCAUGUCCCUCGUCAGGAAAAAGGUGCAGGAGUUUGAGCAUGUAAACGGGAAGCUGAGUUCUCCGGAUCUGAUUCCUAUCGGCAUGGAGCUGAAGAAACUGACUGAGAGUUUAUCUUCAGAUCCCAACACCCCUGUGCCAGCCAGCCCCGUGGCGACACAGCCUGGCACCCCCAUCCCACCGGAGAAGACUGAGGCUCUCUUGGCUGCCGCCGAAGACAAAGACACCGCAGAGCAAGAUAGCAGGAAGCUGUCAGAACAGGAAGUGCUCUGUCUGCUUGUUCCUCGACAGUCUUCCAGUGCAGAGCCAGCAUCUGUACCUGAGAAGGCAGCUGACAGAGACGAGAGCAAGGCCGGCUCAGAGGACAAAACAGGAGACGAGAGGGACAGAACCGAGUCGCCCUCUGCUAAGACAGAGACAUCGAGCAACUCAAAGGAGUCUGCUGUGAAACCGUCAGAGCUAUCAUCCAGUCAAACCUCCCCUAAAAUGGAGCCCUGCAAAGAAACAGAGAAGUCUUCAGAAAAAGGAGAUACUGAUUCUCCUCUGGCGAAAACUGAGGACAAGGAAAAUAAGCCAGCUGCUGCAGAGGAUAUGAAGAGUGAAGAUGCAUUAGAGGGUCGAUUAAAUGGAGACAAAGACACUUUGGAGGAGAUGGAUGAGGCCAGGAACGUGGACAGAAAUGGAUACAAAACCAAGUUCAUGUUUAAUAUCGCUGAUGGAGGUUUUACAGAGCUGCACACCCUCUGGCAAACUGAGGAGCGAGCGGCGCUGUCUUCUGGAAAGAUGCACGACAUCUGGCACCGCCGCCAUGACUACUGGCUUUUAGCCGGCAUCGUAACACACGGCUACGCUCGCUGGCAGGACAUUCAGAAUGACCCACGCUAUGCUAUUCUGAAUGAGCCCUUCAAAACUGAGAUGCAUAAGGGCAACUACCUGGAGAUGAAGAACAAGUUCCUAGCUCGCCGCUUUAAGCUGUUGGAGCAGGCGCUGGUGAUUGAGGAGCAGCUGAGGCGGGCAGCUUACCUGAACAUGACCCAGGACCCCAGUCACCCGGCCAUCGCUCUCAACGCUCGCUUUGCUGAGGUGGAAUGUCUGGCAGAGUCCCACCAGCACCUGUCCAAAGAGUCCCUGGCCGGGAACAAGCCUGCCAACGCCGUGCUGCACAAAGUGCUGAACCAGCUGGAGGAACUUCUGAGUGACAUGAAAGCUGAUGUGACGCGACUGCCCAACAUGCUGGCCAGGAUCCCGCCGGUGUCGGCGCGCCUGCAGAUGUCUGAGCGGAACAUCCUGAGCCGCCUCACCAGCCGAGGGAGCGAGCCUCCACCACAGCAGCCUUUUAGCCAGGGUGGCUUCGGCUGCUCCCAGAUGUACAGCGGCGGCUUUGGUGGAGGAUUCAGAGGACCGGGCGGACAGGCCAUGGUGAACUACAGUCAGAUGCCUCUGGGACCCUACGUCAGCGUGUCCUCUAAUGGCCCUCCACCCCCUACAAGCCAUCUGGACAAGAAGUCACUUGACUCCUUGAGAGACGCGGUGACCCCUGACCUUAAAUCAGGCAAACCUAGUGAUGUCAUCUGUAUUGAGGACUAGACCAGCUCUGUAAAACUGACCCGAGGUCAGAAACUCCCAGGGAUGGAAUCUGUAUGGAUGACGGCCGCCCAUCUCCUCCUCUUUCUCCUGCUCCUUCCUGACUUAAAAUCUCCAAAGUGAAUUCACUUUUUUGAUUAAUGCAGAUGUAUCUAUCUUAACGAUUGCACUUUUAUCUUUCAAGGAUCCUGUAGAAGUAUUUCAGUAGAUAUUUGCUUUUGUUAAUGUGUGCCGGAAAUGAAGCAGCUUUUCCGAAAAGAGGACUUUUUAUUUUCAGCCUCGCACUACAAAAAGGUGAGACUCAAGCGAGUUGGCAUGACUGAGUUUCUGAUGCCUCUUGAUUGGGGAUCAUUCUGAGCAGCCUCGACUUUUUCAUUCUGCGUGCGCCCUGUUGCUUUUAUCCUUCUGCCUGAUCACUGUACACUGUGACUGUGCCCUACCGGAGCUUAUUUCCUGUGAAGAGGAGUCAAGGACGCCUUCAGUCAUACUUUGAUAGGGUACUGUUGUUUUUCUGAGGGCCAAUAUUGUUACUUUAAAUGAAAAAACGUGUUUUGUCAUUCAUGUAGUAACCAGUGGAUAAAGUAUUGAUUUAAAUGCAUCAAAAACUCUCAUCAUGUAUGCAGUAGCUGGACACAGUCUGUCUGAAUCCUCUAAAGACUGCCACCCGCUGGUCAUUUGGAGAAAGUAACCCUGCAGACACACUGCAGUACCAGUGACCUGUGAGGGUUGGCUUCUUGCACUGUAUAUACUCAGAGACUGCUGUUUAUUUUACCUCACAUAGGUCUAAUCAUAGUGAACAUAUGUAUACGUACAUGGAUGAAAUCAGAAGCCUGGCUUGGAAUCCUACAUGAAGAUCGAGCAGAGAAGAAAAAGCUGCAGGAGUGGCGAAAAUGAUUUUUAAAACGCAUUUCAGAGAAGUAUUUCUGUGUAUGGUACAAUAUUUGUGAUUCUUAUUAUAUUUGAAUGUUAGUAGUGGCUGUAGAGCUUAACCCUGGGGCCAUGACCAGUGGGACUGCACUAUAAACAGGAACUCAUCUGGUCUACAUCCACAUACAGGGCUUAGAUGUUCAGGCCUAACUGAGAACAGAGUCCUGUGUGGAGAGUUGCUUUUUGUUUUCUCCUCUUACAUACAUCCCGGGGACUUUCCCAGUUCCCCUUUCAUCCUUAGAACAGAAUAAGAACAUGUGUGCUUAUAGCACAAUGUCACUUUAAGUCUAGUAUUUGUCGCAAAAUGAUUUUUUUGUUCGCCUCUCUUUAUGUUAACGUAAGAUAAGAUGUAUUCGGUCACUCGGUGCCAUUAAAGAAGAUGACGCAGUGGGAUUUGUUCUUGGAUGCUGUGUGAGUCCUCCAGUCCAAACCUUAAGACUGUGUAUAAAGAUAUACAUAUACAGUCUAAACCUACAUUUGCAGGAAUAUUGUGUGGAUGUUAGCCUCUAAGGACCAAUGUUUCACUACAUUACUCUUCAGAUAACGUCCUAACUUCCAGUCUCACUCAUGUCUUGUUGCUUUUGCUGGUGUGAGGACACGUUAGCAUGGUUUAGCUACAUCUCUUGUCCAUUCCAUCCACUCCUUUUACGUGCUUAAGUGGCAGUCCACUAAGUAAAAACAAUAUUUUAUACAUUUAAGCUUGCUAUAUUUCCUUUUUUCUAUGAAGGCAUUGCUCGAAUGUUUGGACUCAAAGUGCAAAUUGUUAUUGAAACAUAUUUAUCUUUUUCUUUUUCCAAAGACCAGUGGCAUUACCCGUUUGUGUUAUCACUUCUUUGACUUUGUCGAGAUGACGAUUGUGAUUGGACUGAUCUAAACUGGAGAGGUAACGUUGUACAGAGCUGUGAGUGUAUUUUCGUACUGUCCUCAGGCGCUCUCCUCUGACCCCUGUUCACUCGCUGAGAUUGUGUUACUGCACCCCCCCCCCCCCCCCUCCCCCAUCCUCUCUCAGACAACAUGCUUUAACUUACAACUAAAAUUCAGCUUCAACACAUUUUCAAAGCACCUUGAAAUGAACCAGGAAGUGCAUAAGUCUAUUCUUUUGCCCGUGUUUCUCAGUGCUGCUUCGUUCCUCGUGUUUCUGUUCACGCCAUCGAUUACUUGACCAUGACAUGUAUUAGGUUUGCUUGACAGAUAGAACCUCAGAAACAUGUAAAUACUUGAAAGAUUUUUUCAGAGAUUAAAGUCCAUCUCGUAACAGGUUAAUGUAUCAAACUGAAAAAGAAAAGAUGAAUGUCUGCCGGACGGUGUUGCCAUAGAACUGCAGAGUGCACCGUGAUGUUCUCAUUAACCCUUUCCCCCCUCUGGAGCGACGACCAACGAGACGACGUCUAAAACACCACGCUCCAAUGAAAUGCAAUCAAACUGAAGUCAGUAUGAAUGUAAUGUCUGUUAGAAAAUAAAAGGCUUCAGUCUAAUAUUAUAAAUAUGUUAACAAUGUAUGUACAUGCUUAUUAACAUGGCUUCAAAAGCUACCAAAAGACCCUGAGAAAAGGCACCUAAUGUUGCAGCGAAUGCACAGCAUGUGAAGCGUUUGAUAUGACGGUUCACUUCGGGGAGGCGUUAGUGUAUCUAGCAUUUACAGACAAUGAGCUCCAGGCAGUGUUAUGUUUCUGAUAUUUGUGCUGUAUAGCAAUUGAAUGAAAAAGUGAAUUGUCAUCUUUUUAUUUGUAUUCUGUGUAUUGUUCAAUGUGUUUUAAUAAAUCUUCUGGACAACA